UUAACUGACAUGUUUUGCUGCAGAGCAGCUUGAUCUAACAAGACUACAAAGCUGUCAAAAAAGACAUGAUGGCUUCUCGUACGAGCACGUGCAGCCGCUUGUUUAACACACACAACAGGUUAAGAGAUUUUAGAAAACUCUUCUCUCAGUGUUUGAACGCUAGCCGGUUGUAUUCUAGUGCUACGCACAAGGAAAAUGAACUUGAACUCCGAGACUCCACUUUCACUGAUCCCAACUUCGCCUUAUCUCUGAAGACCAGAUCAAAACAGGAGAGGCUGAGAGAUGAAAACAUCCUGCCUUUUUCAGCGUUUUUGACUGACAACUUCGGCCGGAGGCACAGCUACCUGCGCAUCUCCCUGACUGAGAAAUGCAACCUGCGAUGCCAGUACUGCAUGCCGGAGGAGGGGGUGAAGCUCACGCCGCGGGGUCAGCUGCUGUCCACCUCGGAGGUGCUGACCCUGGCUCGCCUCUUUGUUCGAGAGGGAGUGGAAAAAAUCCGCUUAACUGGAGGGGAGCCCCUGAUCAGACCUGAUGUGCUGGAUAUAAUCAGUGAACUGAGGAAGCUGGAGGGCCUGAAGACUGUUGCUGUAACAACCAACGGCAUGAACUUGGCCAAAUUUUUACCAAAGCUGAAAGAAGCUGGUCUGGACCUGAUUAACAUCAGCCUGGAUUCGCUGGUUCCCACCAAAUUUGAAUUUAUUGUGAGGCGGAAAGGGUUUCAUAAAGUAAUGGAAGGCAUUGAAAAGGCAGUUGAACUGGGCUACGAUCCUGUCAAGAUUAACUGUGUCGUCAUGCGAGGCCUCAAUGAGGAUGAGCUGUUAGAUUUUGUGGCGCUGACAGAGAAGAAGCCUCUGGAAGUUCGCUUCAUUGAAUACAUGCCCUUCGAUGGCAACAAGUGGAACUUUAAAAAGAUGGUGAGUUACCAGGAGAUGCUGGACCGGAUCAGACAGCAGUGGCCUGGCUUGGAAAUGCUUCAGACUGGACACGCGGACACUGCCAAGAUGUUUAAAGUGCCUGGGUUUAAAGGUCAGGUGGGCUUCAUCACCUCCAUGUCUGAUCAUUUCUGUGGCUCCUGCAACCGUUUACGCAUCACAGCAGACGGAAACCUCAAGGUGUGUUUGUUCGGGAACUCUGAAGUCUCCCUCAGAGAUGUUUUGCGCUCUGGAGCAUCUGAUGAAGAGCUGCUGGAAAUUAUCGGAGCUGCCGUGGGCAGGAAGAAGAAGCAACAUGCAGGCAUGUUCAGUAUCUCCCAGAUGAAGAACAGACCUAUGAUCCUCAUUGGCACAUCCCAGCAGGCUUCUUCCUACAUUGUUUUCCAGCUUGAAACUGACCCAGUCCUUUCUACAUCUGCAGCUCUUCAUGUGUGCCGCCCGGCCAGCAGGAGAGUCCUGAACAGAGAUGGGUUUCUGUGCCUUCCAGACUGCACUUCUUCCACACAGCCAGCUGUCAGCUGCUGCUCUAAAACCUCGAGGAGUGGGGGUUUUCAUGCUAACAUGCAUAUGAACAAAGAAAAACCAACAGACAGCUUCCACAGCUCCCCUCACUCCUCUCAGUUUGGUCUAAUUUCAUCCAGUUGUCACACUAAGACAACAAGAUUCAAGACAUGCACAAAUGAUAUGAGCUACGUUAAUGUAGAAUGUCUCAGGUACGCAAAUGCCAGGGGUCCUAAUGUUCUGAAGAGCCACCUGCUGAGGACCUCAGGAACUCCUGCUCUUUGCACACUACCAAUAAAUGCCAAAAUAAAUCUGACACCCGGCAGCGUUCGACUGCUGCACAGUCCAAGCUCCAACAAACAGACUCCAUCAGCCACUAAUGUCUCCAACACUCACCCCGACUCCGAAGCCCAGCUGACGCACACAGACGCCCAGGGCCGAGCCACCAUGGUGGACGUUGGGGGGAAAGUCCCCACAAGUCGAGCAGCCUCAGCCUGCGCCACCGUCAUCUUGGGCCCCACCGCUUUCCGCCUUCUCCGGGACAACCAGCUGGCUAAAGGCGACGCUCUGGCUGUGGCGCAGCUGGCUGGCAUCAUGGCUUCAAAGCAGACAUCAGCGCUUAUCCCGCUCUGCCACCCGCUGCCUUUAGACCACGCCUCCGUUACCUUUCACCUGGACGAGCUGCACAAUGCCGCCGUCGUCACAGCAACCUGUCGCACUACAGGCAGGACGGGGGUGGAGAUGGAGGCUUUGACCGCUGUUACCGUGGCAGCACUCACUGUCUAUGACAUGUGCAAGGCUGUGACCCAUGACAUCAUCAUUACGGAUGUAAAACUGGUCAGCAAGACAGGCGGGAAGAAGGACUUCCAUCGUCAUCCCAACCAGGAAACUGAAAUAUGAGCAACAUGACGAAAUGAUUCUAUUUUUAGUUAAACUCUACUUUGUGUCAUAAACUGUUUUUAAGGUGUUUUUAAAUUUAAUCCUUUCCUGUCACCUUGAUUUCUUAAUCAGAUUAACUUUAUCAAUAACUUGAUUGAUGUAGUCUAAUCAUUAAUGCCGCCUUUAAUUCAGCAUUUAUAAAAUUAAUCCCAGUGUCAGACAUGAGCUGCUUUUAUAUGUUUUGACCUCUAGAGGGCGCACAAGUAUAACAUUAUAAACCUCUGGAAGUCUUGAAGAACAAACUGAGCAGCACAGAUGCUGUUUACAUGUUAAUGUCUCUUUUUUAAAUUCAUUUUAAUGUUUAAAAUGUCUCCAGGUGCUUCCACCAUUUACACUAUUUCUGUUUCUUUUCUCAUCUACAUUGUUGUAACUGACAUCAGUGAGUUUACUCUUCAGUUCCAUGAGGUGCAGCCUUUAUAUAUUUUCUCUUUAUCUCUGUAGUCUACAGUAUAUUAAUGCUCAUACUACAUUACAGCUGAAGAUGGUUUCUGUUACACUGCUUUAAUUUUAUUACUGAACAUGUCCUGGUGUGUGAUGGUCUGUUCUGCACGGUCGACCAGCUACUCUCACUGUGAUGAACUGGACGUUGUUGUUUCAGCUUCAUAGUGAACUGCUGGUUGUUUUCACUGAACAUCCAGGUCUUGUUUUAGAAGAAGUAAAUACAAACUCUGAAUUACUGGAG